GAUUCCCGCCUAGGUGGUACCUCCCCUCGAGUCGUCUGAUAAUUAAUUAAUUGAUAAUACUCUCCUUAAAAGUAAUCGUUGUAAUCAGUAAUUAGGAUCGGUUGUGCUGAGUGUCGAGGAUGGCUUUAGCCAGUCUUGCUCCUGACGACGUCUUCUUCCAGGAGAUUCUCCGUCGAGGAUUGCAGGAUCCGACGAUCCAGGAUGCAGUGCUCCUGGAGAAAAAACCGGCGGUGAAAAAAGGGGAGAAUUAUCUGAGUGAAUUGACGAGAUUUACUGUGAAGUAUAGUUCUCAGGGAUCGAGGGUACAUCCUGGGGGAAAAGGAUUCUAUCUGGAUCAUCUGAUUAUGAAGGAAGAACCGAGUGCUUGUGAAAAAACUCUAGAGCUUUUACGCAAGUCCAAUAUUUUUAAUAUUGAGAGGGCAAUGUUGGAGGAAGUUGUGCCUAAGAUGGAGGAACUUCUUGGGAGACGAUUGGGCCCCAAGGUUUAUUACUCGUCGAUGGAACCGCAGGUUAUUGUUAUGGAGGAUCUUGUUGCUCGUGGAUUUAACAACAAAAAUCGAAAAGUUGGAUUUAAUGAGCAACAAAUGUCUCUUGUUUUGGAAAAUCUCGCGGAUUUUCAUGCUGCGUCGGUUUUAUUGGAUGAACAGGAUCGGGAGUUUGUCUCUCGUUUUAAGAAUGGACUUAUUAAUGAGAAUACCACGGACACAUUAUUCAAUUUGAUAUCGAAAGGAUUGGAAGCUAUUGCUGAAGGGGUUUGUACCUGGACAGGUAGUGAAUUUAGUUUAAUAGCUGGGAAACUCAGGAAAAGGUCGCAAGGCGUACGUCAGGAGCUCCAGAAAAUUUAUCAUUGCGAUGGGGAUGAACUGAAGGUCUUGAAUCAUGGAGACGUGUGGGUUAACAAUAUUAUGAUUCGGGAUGAUGACAAUGGAGAAUCAACAGAGGCUCGUCUGAUCGACUAUCAGAUCUCGAUCUGGACAAGCCCAGCGAUCGACCUCCUGUACUUCCUCAGUAUCGCUCCCGAGCGAAACAUAAAGAUGAGCCACGACGAUAUAUUCCUGCAGACAUAUCUGACUCGUUUAAAAAUAUCAAUGAAGAAAUUGGGCUGCUCUCGAGAUCCACCUACACUAACGCAAUUAAAAAAAUCAAUGCAUAAACGUCGAGCAUUCGCUCUCCUGGCCGCUCUCAUUUUCUGGCCAAAAAUGUUAGCCGAGGAUGACGACGUCGAGGGUAUCGACGAUCUCCUGCAGAACGGAGAGUCCAGGGUGAAUCCUCUGAAAUACCCACACGCCCAAGAAGUCAUGGAAAAAAUUCUUCCAAUAUUGAACGAGCGAGGGUACUUGGAUUAAAUUAAUUCUUCAAUUAUUCCCUUCCAUAUUUAUCCUCUCUCUCUCCCAUACCGAUCGAUCGUCUGCCGAUCGAUCGACAUUCUUAAUUAUUUUAUUAUUUUAACCCCCCCUCCCCCAAAUUAUCUAAUAAAUAUUUUUA